AUGUACUCGCCCGAUAACCAGGAAAUUAUCUCUGAGGUGAUCGCCGUUGCAUGUGUUACCAUCAUUUCACUGCUCUUUGGUCGCAAGGCUGCCGGCAUUGAACGCCCUGUUUGUUACAUCCGGGCUUUGCUUCUCGCCCUUUACGGUGCCACUUGGGUAUUCAACAUUAUCGCAUGUAUGGCCACCAGCACAAACAACGGCAACUACAUCUCGUGCUCUCUUUCUCUUUACAACUCCAUUGUGGUAUACUGCCUUGCCAAAGUCCUCCUUUAUCUCUACUUUAUUGAAAAGAUUUAUAUCACUUCAGUUCCCAAAGCAGCACGUUUCCGCUCAUCUCUAUAUCUCGUUGGCAUUGGUCUCGUCGUACCAUACAUUGGCCUUGUUGCUUUGAUGGUCGUUUAUCGAGUGGCCCUUGUCAAUGAAGAAUACCCAUUCCAUUGCUUGAUUGGCAUGGAACUCCCCGCAUCUGCUGCUGGUCUUGCCUAUGAUGUUAUUGUCAGCUUGGUCUUUUCAGGCAUCUUUAUCAAAUAUGGCUACUUCCCCAACACAGCCCAACAGACAGCUCAUCAAGCCUCUUCUCUUCGCAUCAUCGCUCGACGAAGUUUGGUGGCCACUUUGGUGGCAUUGGUCACAGCAGCUAUCCAUUAUUGCGUACUUAUUUUCAUGGGUGGUCAACAACGUGGUUUGAUCGCAUCAACGAUUGCUGCUCUCGAUCUCACCAUCGUUAUCGUCGUUGUUCACUGGGUCGCUACCCAUCCCUCUGAAAUGCAAUGCACUCUCAAGAGCUUGCAAAAGAAUGGCGGUGAUAAGCCCAUGAAGCUGGAAAUCAAGCAGCAUCAAGAAGUCGUUGUGCUUUCCGAAAUGGCGCCUUAA